AUGGUAAGAUCUUGUGUGGGUGACUGUGUUGGCAAAGAAUGCCCAGUGUGCCAUGUGCCAGCCUGGGUUAAAGAUGCACAGAUAAACCGGCAGCUGGAUAACAUGAUUCAGCUUUGCAGCAAACUGCGGCAUCUGCUGGGUGUGGACACCUCAGAUUCCACCGAAGAUGUGUCCACACCAGCUGACUCAGAUUUUGGAAAAAAGAGUAAAAAGGAACAGAUAAAAAUGUGGUUCAGCCCUAGAAGUAGAAAGAUCCGGUGUGUCCUGAACAAGGAGAGACAGCCUGAGCCUGAAAGCAAUAGCCUUUGUCAAGACACAUCUUCAGUUUAUGAUUUCUUCCCUUCCCCUCCUCAUGAAAAGCCCCCCAACCCAACAAAAAAGCCAGCACGAACACAGAGCAGGAAGAUGAAGAGGAAACGUCUAGCAGACAUUAACAAAGUGUGGAACUUAGAGAAGCCUGAGCAGAAAGGAGGGGUUGAGGAGAAGACUCCCAAGGAAAAGUCUGUGACCAUCUGCAGUGAACCAGUGGUCAUCUGGACUCAGGAACCAAAUAGUCUGUAGCAGGAGUCUGUAAAGGAAGCUGACUCCAGUGAAAAUACAGAAAAUGUGGAAAUACGGCCACAGGUGAAAUGCCCAGACAAGAAGGAUAACAAGGAGGUUGCAUGCCCUGCACAAGUCAGUAAGGAAAAAAAAUGUGGUACAGAGGCAUCACUAUUGAUAGAAAAUGAAAUGACGCCUUUAAAACGUGGAAGGGAGCAGUCCAGACUUCCAGUUACCUCACAGGCUAAAAGACCAAGAGUAGCUGAGAGGAGCAGUAUUGGGAAGUCAGAGAGGCAGGCAGAUGGCUUAGAGGAGCUGCCUCAGGGUUGCCCAAUUUCCCCAGCAGCCGAACACAAGACACCAGUUCAGAUUUCUUCCUCUGUAUCGAAAGUCACUAACACUGUCAUGGAGACAAGAAGCUCUGCAGCCUUUCAAGCAAUAAACAGUCCUUCACUUUCAAAAUCUCCCUUCACUCCAUCCAAGUCUAAGACUUGGAAUGGAGUAGGAAUCCCGCAGAGUCCUUCUGUGUCGAAGUCCCCUGGUGGUAACACGAUUGCCAGAAGAAAUUACAAAGGAGAGACUUUGCUCCAUGUUGCUUCCAUCAAGGGUGACUUAGCAGCUGUUGAACAGCUGCUGAAAAAUGGGGCAGAUCCCAAUGUCAAAGAUAAUGCUGGCUGGACACCGCUGCACGAGGCGUGUAAUCAUGGGCACAAAGAAGUGGUGGAGCUGUUGCUACAAUACAAGGCGUUGGUGAAUACUACGGGCUAUCAGAACGACUCGCCGCUUCAUGAUGCUGCCAGGAACGGGCAUGUGAGCAUUGCUGAGCUCCUGCUUUUGCAUGGUGCCUCUCGUGAUGCGGUUAAUAUAUUUGGUCUGCGGCCUGUGGACUAUGCGGAAAGUGAAAAGAUGAAGUCUGUGCUAACGCUACCAGUGAAGAACGAAUUUUCACUUAACCAACCCUCUGAGGCACUGAGCCCCAGCCAGCCGAGAGAUGGACCUCUUGGUAUACUGGGGAGCAAUCUUAGUUUGGAGCAACAGAAAUCGCUGAACAAACUAACAUCAGUUCUGAAGGCCCAAAGAUGUACUGAAUUUAACAGCAGAGUAACUCAUCUUGUUGUCCCUGGUCUUCCGAUGCCAAGUACUUCCAAAUGUAUGAUGGCUGUUCUGACUGGAUGUUGGGUCCUCAGAUUUGAAUGGGUACAAGCCUGUCUACAAACUGCAGUACGAGAACAAGAAGAGAAGUAUGAAAUUCAAGGUGGCCCGCAAAGAGGCCGGCUCAACAGAGAACAGCUGCUGCCUAAGUUGUUUGAUGGAUGCUACUUCUAUUUUCUGGGAUCCUUCAAACAUCACCAGAAGAGUGAUCUUGUGGAGUUGGUCAAAGCAGCAGGAGGACAAAUUCUCGUUAGGCAGCCAAAACCAGACAGUGAUGUGACGCAGACGAUCAACACGGUGGCGUACCAUGCACAGUCGACUUCCGACCAGAGAUUUUGCACUCAAUAUGUAAUCUAUGAUGUGUCUUCUAAAUUCAAGCCAGAGAAAAUUCGUCAGGGCAAAGUCUGGAUGGCCCCCUCUAGCUGGCUCAUAGACUGCGUGAUGUCGUUUCAGCUCCUGCCUGUAAAAUGAGUAUCAGUGUC